AUGGAUCUCCAAGGCCUCCUCUCGUACUUUAUACACCAUCCCAUCAUCUUCCUCUAUCAGCUUAUGCAAUGGGCUCUCGACAAGCUUCUCUCGCCGACACCCCCACCGCCCAAUGCGGACCUCAGCAGACCUAAGAUUGCCAUCAUCGGCGCUGGUUUGACUGGAGUCUCUGCGGCAUCCCACUGCGUCGGCCAUGGUUUCGACUGCACCAUUUUCGAAGCCGGAGAUCGCAAGGCUCUCGGCGGGAUCUGGAGUAAAGUGAAUAAUACUUCUGGUUUGCAAAUUCACAGCAUCAUGUACCGUUUUCAUCCCUCCGUGAAGUGGCGUGGAGGAUAUCCCGAUCGCCGGCAGAUCGUCAGCCAGAUCACCGAGCUUUGGGAGUUUUAUGGUCUCGAGCAGCGCACCAAGUUCAACACCCGCGUUGAGAAAGUCUACAAGGACAACAAUGGCCGCUGGAUUAUCAACGACACGUCCAACGGCCGCUUUGAUGGUAUCAUCGCUGCCGUCGGAACCUGCGGAGACCCCAAGGUGCCCCACAUCCCCGGCCAGGAGAAGUUCAAAGGAGAAAUCUACCACUCUUCCGAGCUGGACGGCAAACAAGCCAAGGGGAAGAAGGUCCUGGUCAUCGGUGGAGGAGCGAGCGCCGUCGAGGCUUUGGAGUUUGUAGCCCACGAGGAUGCCGAAAAAACACACGUUCUUUCCAGGUCUGAAAAAUGGAUCAUCCCCCGUAACCCAAUCAUCGACAUGCUGCUGGCAUUCAAUAUAUUUGGCCAAGAGACCAUCUUUUCUUGGAUUCCCGAAAGUCUGCUUCGCCUUUUCUUCUAUCGCGACCUCAAAGACCUGUCCCCUCCUCCCGGUAGCAAAGGUGUUUUCGAGGAGACUCCCAUGGUCAACGACGAAGUCCUCGAACUUGUCCGCUCCGGCAAGGCCGAUUGGCUCCGCGGCGACAUCAUCGGCUUCGAAGAGAAUGGCAUCCGUUUCAACCACCGGUCACAAGGCACGCCCAAGGGCGGACCAGGUCGCGAGCAAGUGAUCGAGGGCGAUGUCUGCAUCCUCGCCACAGGCUAUCAGCGACCGUCACUCUCCUUCCUCCCCGGCGAGUGCUUUAACGAGCCGUACGACCCGCCGAACUGGUACCUGCAAGUCUUCCCGCCUGCCCACGUCGACAUUUGCGCCAACAACUGCACCUACGUCAACGCCAUCGGUUCCGUCGGCAACUACCACAUCGGCAUCUACACCCGCUUCCUGCUCAUGUACCUCGUCGACCCUCUCACCCGCCCCCAGGAGCGCUGGAUGAAGCGCUGGAUCGACAUGACCCGUUGGAUCAAGUCUAGGGCUCCCACCGGCGCCUUUGACUUCUUCACCUACUCUGAGCUCAUCUACUGGUUCGUCUUCACCAUCGUUGUCAAUCCCUUCCGCUGGAAGUGGGCCGCUUUUGUGCUUUUCGGCAUCGGCAAGUCCGUCCCGCUACAUGUUGUCCGUCAGGAGGAUAAGAUUAGGAAUGGACUGGGCAUGAAGGCGAGGUAA